UAGGGCCGAACUUUGUCUCGCUUCUCUUCCAAUGCCAAUGCUCAAAAGAAACCGUCCUAAACCUAUUUUAAAUCAAUCUAUUCGGAUUAAACAAAAUUCAAAAAAUAAAAAUGGUUCUGGUGGGGCAAUUGUAGUUCAACAAUCACUCAGAAAAUUAGAACAACGUUUGGCUGAGGAACGAGAAUUUUCUGAAGUUUUGGGAAAUUUAAUUGACAACAAAUAUUUUCUUCUUCGAAAUAAACAACAAAAAAAUUUAAAAACAAAAUCUUCCCCUCAUUCUUUAGUUCACGCAAUGAGUGAAAAAUCGACGUGUUCCUCCUCAUCUUUUAUGAAAAAAAGAAAUUUAAAGCGUCAAAGAGAACCUUUAAAACUUCGAUCUUUUUCGACUAUAUCUACUUGCCAAGAAUCUUUUUAUUCUAAAAAUUUUCUUAAAAAUAAUCAAAAUAAUUGUAUUACUACCACCUUAGCCUUGCCUGAAAAUAAAAUGAUUGAAGAAAAUAAUUAUGAAACUGAUAGAAUAUCAAAAAGAUAUAUUAAUCGAAUGGCUGAUUCUCGAAGAAAUAAAUGUCCAUGUUUCAAAAAAUUUUUGGCAAAUGAUUGGGAAAAUGGAAAUGAAGAAGAAAAAGAAUAUUGCAAAGCUAUUUUCCUAAGAAAACAAAAACAACAACAAUUCUCUCAAAGUCAUUAUUCAAUUGCUGAACAACCAAGUUGUUGUUGCAAUAGCACAAUUUUGCCAAUUGUUUCUAAUAAUGGAGGAAAAGGGGAAAUUUUAAAUAAUGAAGGAAGGAGUUAUUGUAAAUGGAAAUGUCGGAAUGGAGGUGGAAGGGGAAGAAAAAUUAAAGAAAAGAAGAAAAAAAUGCAAGAUGAUGAAUAUGGUUGGCUUAGUUGGAGGAGAUUAUCUAGGAGUAGAACAACUGAAUUCACUAAUAGAACUGAACAGGUAAAAAGAAUUUUUGUUGUGAAAUAA